AUGCUCCGGCCACGGGCCCUCGGACCGGCUGGCAAGACGCUUCCCACGGAGGGUGACCCUCAGCACGUCCUGGAGACUCGCCAGAGGGUCAAGGAAUGGAAUGAUUUCUACUUGUCCUUUAAGCUGAAAGGCAAAGGAGGCCGAGAGACCUGCUCUCUGGGCCUCUUGAGCCAGAGGUCUGGUCUUGGAGAGGGUCUCAAAGGGUCAUCUAGUCCAACCCGAGGCUGCAACCUAGAAUCGGUAAUCGGCACCUCGGAGGCACCCAUCAUCAUCGUGGGGAACAAGCGGGACCUUCAGAAAGGGAGGGUGAUCCCCCGCUGGAACGUCUCCAACCUGGUGAAGAAGACCUGGAAAUGCGGCUACAUCGAGUGUUCGGCCAAGUACAACUGGCACAUUCUCCUGCUCUUCAGCGAACUCCUCAAGAGCGUCGGCUGCGCCCGCUGCAAGCACGUGCACACCGCCAUCCGCUUCCAGGGGGCCCUGAGGAGGAACCGGUGCACCAUCAUGUGAGGCCCUCAUGACUGACACACACACACACACACCCCUUUGUAUGGGGAGGAUUUCCUUCAAUCCCUCCCGACCCUUGCCAUUUGUAUAUGGACCUUCUUGCAGUUCGAAAGAGCAGGGGAGCC